AUGAAUACUAGAAGAUGGCAUCACACAGCAUCUCUAUUAGCAGAUGGAAGUAUUUUAAUUACUGGUGGACAUACGUAUAUUAGUGCUACGAAUACAGUUGAACUAUACAAUCCAUCAACAGAGACUUGGACAUACACAAGUCCAAUGAAUUAUGCACGACGUUGGCAUACAGCGACUGUUUUAAAAAAUGGUAAAGUUUUAAUUGCGGGUGGGAUUGGUAUUGAUGGUUAUCUAGAUAGUGCUGAGUUAUAUGAUCCACCAACUAGAACUUGGUCAAUUGUUGAUAGCAUGAGUUCUACAAGACAUAUGCACACUGCAUCACUCUUGCCAAAUGGAAAAGUAUUAAUUGUAGGUGGGCAUACUUAUAUUAAUGAUACCAGUUAUUCCUUAAAUACUGCUGAGUUAUAUGAUCCAAUAACAAACACUUGGAAAAAUACAGGUAACAUGAAUUAUGGACGAGAAGAACACACAGCAUCUCUUUUACCAAAUGGCAAAAUAUUAAUUACUGGUGGAUACAGUGUAUCCGGACAACGUUUCUUAAAGAGUGCUGAGUUGUAUGAUCCAGCGACAGAAACUUGGACAAUUACAGGGAACAUGAAUUAUACACGACAAUCGCAAUCAGCAUCUGUGCUCAAAAAUGGCAAAGUUUUAGUUGCUGGUGGAUUCAAUAAUGAGCAUCUACGGAGUGCUGAGUUGUAUGAUCCAUCGACAGGAACUUGGAAAAUUACUGGUAGUAUGACUUAUCCUCGAGGUGAUCACAUAGCAUCCGUAUUACAAAAUGGAAAAGUAUUAGUUGUUGGUGGAUUUAGUGGCAAGAAAAUAAAUACCGUUGAAUUAUAUGAUCCAUCAACAGAAUAUUGGGCAACUUUAGAAAGCAUGAAUUAUGCACGAUUUUGUCAUACAGCAUCAGUACUAUUAAAUGGAAAAGUAUUAGUAACUGGUGGAUUUACUAAUAAAGAGUCGGAUUCGAAUACUUCAGAAUUAUAUUAA